GUUACGACUCUGCUAAUCACAGUUCAAUCAAGUUCACUUCUCCAUCCCUGAGGGAUCACCUUGGUCAUACCGUAUUUUAAUAAGAAGAAUCGGAUUUGAUAUUCUCCGCAUGCUCAUUGGAUAGGAGCCUGUCAAUCACAAAUUAUUAGCCAAUGAGCAAGCCGUUUCACAGCGAGAUCCGUGCUUCCAAAGUUACGUGGGUUUUCUAUCACCAAGAUGGCGACCGCGGAAACGCUCGUCCCGAUGCUUUCAAACGGCUUCAGAAAACAGCGCGUGGCGUCACCUGUAGCUACGAUCGCACCUGACAACCGCGUGAACCACGUGGGUCUCUGCUCCGUUUCCUGUGUUUGGAAAGAGUUGCAGCUUCAUCGCGGGGUUUCUCUCGGUUUGUGGGCUCAUCUAAAGCUGAUCAGCAGGAGGAGAAGAGUCUGACGGAGCAGCAGAGAAAGAUUUUCAGCUAUUUGGUCUCAGCUGAUUCACUACAAAGGAAACAAUGAGUUUCGCAGAAAAGGACCAACAUGGAGCGAGAAGUCGGCGCUCUCAGGAGGCUGACAAACCUCACAGAAGAAAGAGAGAGAAAACAUACACCUGUGACGAUUGUGGGAAAGGUUUUACCUGGAAGGUCUCAUUAAAAAAACAUCAAGUCAUUCACACUGGAGAGAGACCGUUCAGCUGUGACUUGUGUGGGAAGUCUUUUAGACAGCCUGGAAGUUUAAAAAGACACCAGCUCAUUCAUAGUGGAGUUAAAGAACAUACUUGCAAUCAGUGUGGGAAGUGUUUCUCUCGGAAAGAAGGGUUGGAAGAGCACAAACGUAUCCACAGUGGCGUUAAACAGUACAGCUGUGAUCAGUGUGGUAAAGUCUUUGCUCACCGUAGCGGCUUAUGGACUCAUCAAGUUGCCCACUCUGGAAUUAAGGCAUACAGCUGUGAGGUUUGUGGAAAAACCUUCAGCCAAGUAGGGCACCGAAAUGCACACCUACGCAUUCACACCAAAGAGGAUGUGUACUACUGUGAACAGUGUGGAAAAGUGUUUAUGACAAACAGAGACUUAAAAAUCCACAAAUUCACUCACACUGGAGAGAGACCUUAUAAAUGUGACGUGUGCGAUAAGGCUUUUAAAGAUCCAAGUUCCCUCAAAGCGCACCAACAGAUCCACACCAGGAAGAAACUCUACAAGUGCAGUUACUGUGAGAAGCAGAGCGACACAGAUGGAUCCAGUUCUCAACCCUGUCAUCACUGUGGUGGUGGGAAAGCGUUUCAUUGUGACAUUUGUGGAAAAACUUUCAAUUGGCAAAGGAGCCCAAAAAUACAUCUACGUAGACACACUGGACACAAACUCAAGUACUGCAAAGAAUGUGGGAAAGGCUUCCCCACAGCAGGCGAAUUAAAGCGCCAUGAACUCAUUCACAGUGGCAUUAAAACGAACCUCUGUGACCAGUGUGGGUCAUCCUUCACCACUGCAGGUGAGCUUAAAGCUCAUAAACGAGUCCACACAGGAGAGAAACCAUACAAGUGCAGACACUGUGACAGAAGCUUCUCUCGUGCAAAUACUCGUAAUGAUCAUGAACGUACACACAUUGAAGGAAACUUCAGCUGUGACCAGUGUGACAAGAGCUUCAAGAAUCUCAGUUCAUACUCCAAACACAAACGAUCGCACGCUGCAAAUAAGCUAUUUCAGUGUGACCAAUGUGCAAAACCGUUCACUUCAUUAUCUGCUCUGACCAAACAUUUGCAUGAUCAUGCAGGACUAAAAUCUUUGCUGCCAUUGGAUCACAACAAAUCUGAACAGACAGAAAGAACCUCUUCCUGAUCAGGCUCCACAUAGUUCUGACUGUUUACCCCUGUAAAGAGUCAGCUAAUGUCACACCUGGUUCUUAUGACAUAGCUAUGACCUUUGGACUGGCAGUGAUACACUUUGUAUUUAAUAAGUGGCAACCAUUGAAAACUACAGACAUUCACCACCAACAGGAGGUGCCAUAUGGGUUUAGUGCUAUUUGGACCAGGUGGUAGUCAGAGGCCCUCGUGUUCUGAGCUGUGGCAUACAUGACUAACCAUGGGACCAGUAUAAUUUUAAAUUUGAACUAGACCUGGGCUGUACUUCUGUGUAAUACUUAUUUACAGUGGCGGCCCGCAGAAGUAAAAGCCUUUGUCCCAGCAAUCAGUUUACUCCCUUUGAGCAAGUGCUUUGGCCACAGUGGGAAGGAAAAAGUCCCUUUUAUGAAGGGAGCUGGGAUGAAGAAGAGACAUAAACAUGCUGUGGAAGAGAACCAAAGAUUAAUGAAAGUUUUUCAUUUUAAGAUGGAUGAGUUGCUCAGUGGAAACCAAAUGUACCUACAAAUAAUCGAAUCUAACCUGAAGCCAUUCGAUAUUUUAUUUUGAUAAAUAUGGCAGCACUGAGACUCAUUUCCUGACUCAUUUUUUUUCUUUUUCAGUUAAUUCAAAUGAUUUAAUCUUUUAGUUUUGGUUUCUAAUUUAGGCUCAGUUCGUUUCAUGUAACCUUGCCCACAUGUUAGUUUGUAGCUAUAUUUAAUUAACUUUAAAGUUUUUCUUAUUAAAUGUUUCGGUGUGAAAAAUAAAGAAAUAAUCCUAUAUUAUCGUUACAGCCAUUAGAGCCAUCCUACAAUCCUACACUCAAUCCUGCUUAUGUUGGUGACUUUAUUUCACUCAAGGUCACUUUAAAUCACUCAUACUGUAAACUGUAAAGCUGCUACGUUGGUCAUUUUAAACCACUUCAAGGUCACUUUAAAUCGCAAUUCUAAAUUGUAAAGUUAGACUGAAAUUAACCUUUUUUUUUUUUUUUUUUACCUCAAAGUGUAUAUUUACUCCCCUUACCUUAGUCUUGUAUUGUAUAUUUAUUCCUACUCUUCCUAUAUGAAUUGUUGUUCUUUUUGCACUGAAUGGAACUGGAGCCUCGUCGUCUCAUCUCUACAUACUGUACUGUAUAUAGCAGAGAUGACAAAGUUUUGCUCUAUAAACGUGUCUCAUGCAGUCUGGUUCGCCUCGAGGUCAAUCCAAAAUUCUCCAUUGAUUAGUGCAUUGGGGCUUUUGAUGCAGUAACUGAAAUUAGCACGGUUAACAGUGAAAACCUUGUGAAUCUAUGAUGUAUCCAUAUCAAACAUGUAGUCCUAAUCCGCCCUGGGUCCAGCGUCUGUAGUUUGGUUUCACCAGGUUGAGGAGGUUUGGCCUUUUUCUCGUCUUUUUGAUCUGUAAACAGGAGCCUGACAGACAAGUGAUGGAAAAAGGUUUGAAAACCAACUCUGUCUCAUGCAUGUUUUAUUGGUGUCUAUUGACAUACAGUAAACAUUUUUUGUGUCUUAGAUAAAAGAGUUCAAUCCAAAGUUAAAGCAAGAUUCAAGUCCAUAAAUUAUGAAAUAACUGAUGGUGAAAUAAAAUUUACUAGAACUCAGAGUAGAACUUAUAAAGCCAUAAUGUGGUGUGAAGAUAAAUAAAUAAAUAAAUAAAUGAAGUUCCAUAACCAAGAUCUAUGCCAGGGGUGUCCAAAACCUGGCCUCAAGGGCCGGUGUCCUGCAGGUUUUAGAUGUAUCUUUGAUCCAGCACAGCUGAUUUAAAUGGCUAAAUGACCUUCUCGAUAUU